GAAAAAUCCUGCCGCUGUCAAAUCCCACUGCAACCACUCUGAUGGUUUCUCAGGUCUAUUGUCCAUAUGUCCCUCCUGCAGCGUCCAGUGUCAGUGUGAGAGAUGACGGACAGAUACAGUGAGAUCGGUUUUGUCCAGCAAAUACUCGGGUUGAAUUUAGUGCCGAGGAAAAAUGGCACACAUCGAGGAAACGACACAUCUCUCAGCGACUUCUCAGAGAUGUGGUAUGGAGUGUUUCUGUGGGCAGCGGUUUCUUCCCUGGUCUUCCACCUGCCUGCAGCUCUCCUCUCCCUUGCCACGCUGCGCCAGCACAAGAUGGCCCGAUUCAUGCCCAUUGCCAUCCUCCUCAUGGGCAUCGUGGGACCAGUGUGUGGGGGAGUCCUCACCAGUGCAGCCAUCGCAGGCGUUUACAAGGCGGCAGGGAAGAGGAUGAUCUCUUUGGAGGCUCUUGUUUUUGGGGUCGGACAGUCGUUUUGUGUCCUCAUCAUUUCCUUCCUCAGGGUUCUCGCCACCCUUUAGCAGAGCUGAGGCUUGUCUGGGUGGACCUGAUGCUGCUGGAUCACUCUCACACCAGCUGCAACCAAAUUUCACACGGUACAUUACUGCAUCCCGGCAAAUCCUGGGCCACAUGUGAACCAACCAGAUGUGGGUUGUGAUGUCACUUCCUGCUGAUGGAGCAGGAACAGAACAGAUUUUAGUCUACUAUGAAGAAAUAAGCAGCAGGUGUUAUACAGCACUAAGCCUUCAAAUUAGCUGUCGAGACAUCUAUAUGAUGUCACUGUAAGACAGCUAAAAACUGUAUUCACAUCACACGGGAGGUAUACACUACACUACAGCAAAGACAGUUUAUGAAAAAAAGGCAAAUAAUCAUUACACACUUAAUUAUUAUGGAUGCAGUUUUUCCUGUGUGAUGUGGAGGCAGCAUGAUGUUGUUCUGCAGUAGUAUGCGGAUGACAUUAACCUCUUAGUUUGUGUUUUUCUAUAGUUGUAAGGAUCAAUUAGAGACUUGGACCGAAGCAGUAAGGACAUUUAGUUUGAGGGUUAUGACUGAGGUUCAGUUAGCAUUAGGUUGAGCUCUGGCCAGGCUUUGGGGUUAGACAUUUAGUUUAGGUGUUUGAGGCCAGGGUCUGCAUAAUGUCAAUAAGUGUCCUCACAGAGACAGAGGUACAAGCACACAUGUCUAAUUUGAAGGUUUACAUGUGCACAUGUUCUUUUAUUAUAAAUCAAUAUAAUAGUGGGACGUACAUUGAUUAGAUACAUUUGAUUUGUGCAGAGGGAUGCUGUUGUUAAAGAUAGGUGAACAUGUGUCUCCUCUUGGUUGCUAUUUAGAAUUCAUAACUUCUUCCAACUGGAUUUUUAUUCUCAAGCCAACCCCAUGUUUUUUUGUGAUGGUAUGCUGCUAAAUUUUAGUUUCCUUAUUUGGUGACAGCUGACAUUCUCCAUUCAGUUGCACUGUUAAUGUGCAAAUGUACAGUGUACAUGAUAUGUUGAACAUUGUUUUUCAUAGCUUUGUAUACUGUGAAACCAGCUGCAACCUCAGUAUGUGAAUGUUGGACUCCAUGCAGUAACUGGAUGGUUUUGACAGAUGCUCUUUUCAUACAAUAAGAUGAUGGUUUUAUGCAAGAUCCUGGCUUUUCCUUUGAGGCCUUAAUUUCUAUUAUCUAAUAUCCAAGGUGGUGUUUUCUCUUCAGGGCUGUCUUUCUUUAUAACCAUUUCUACUGCUACCCUUUUGUUAUUCCUCAUCGUUUUUGUUUAGAUCAAUUCAAGUUGCCUGUCUUCUCUAGGUUUUUAAUCAGCAAUUAACAUUAACUGCCACCUGUAACCUGUUAUAUGACACUGUUGGAAAUUUUAACUAGUUUGUCGGUUUAUUUGUUUAGAGUGAAUUGAUUACAGACUGUUGUCAGUAUUUUUGACAAACCCAAACAUGACCUUUGCUAGAUCUUUUCCAAUCUCUUUGAAUGAUAUGUAGUUUGCUUUGUUAGUUUUAUUCCCAAGUCUUUGUAGCCGUUCAAUCUUUUUGACCAAAUACAGGUUGCUCAUUUUUUUUUUUUAAGUGUGAAUAUGAUGUUUCGUUGAUGGUGUUAAGUGUGUUGCCCUGUAUAUCAGUCACAACAUUCAAACCAGUUAGUGGUUUGAAUGCUGACAGGUCCCGUAUACAGUCUCCGUGCAUGCCAUCAGGUUUUAUUGUUGUAUUUUUGUUGGCUAAUUGAGUCCCACAGUCUUUAUGCUAUUUGUUGCUUGUGGAAGUGGACAUGUGCUUUUGAAUUAACAUCACACAUAUACAACUUUCAUAUACAUCUAAUUUAUUCUUUGUUAAAAGUAAUGCCAGUAAUGACUUGACCUGCUGAAUCAGCUGACACCACUAACAGGACUUUAUUUAAUGUUGAGCACAAGUCUCUUCUCCACAUGAUUUGACUUAAAUUUGGAAUUAAUAUUUACUUUAGUAACUUUGUUUUGAUUAAAUUAAUAGUAAACCAAUAUGCAGUUAAUUCAAUUAAGACACUGGAGCUACCACACAGUGAACUUGGAGCAGUUUCCAGCUUCACCUAGUAAACAAUCAAAUUUUUUAGCAUAAAUGGAACAGAAACAAGACAGCUGGUAAAAAUCCAGGGAGAAUCUGUGGAGCAAAGACAGAGUAAUAGAGCCUGGACAUGAUCAGAAACUUCUACUUCUCUAGCAUUGAUGAACUUGAACAGCUGUACACUAGCCAUGCUGGAAUCAAUCAUUAAAACCAGUUCGCUUAAAGUUAGUGGACCAGUUGUUCUAUUAACUGUCAUUGAUACACAAUAGACUGCCUUUGAACAAGGGUUAGGAGCCUUUUAACUUAUGCAAUGGUAUGGAAAACAGACAGCAAGCUUCAUAAUCAUCUCCUCAAAGAAGUUUUUAAACCCCUGAAACCAAAGAUGGCUUGAAUUCUUCCCAUUGUACAUCACCAGCUACUCUUCAGUCCAGUAGUUUACUUCCAUAUGAACAGUUAGCUUCCUGAUGCAUGUAAAUAUGCAGCAAACCAAUCUGAAGUUAGAAUGCAGAAGUUUCUAGUUUAAGUUUAAGUAAAAUAUCAUAUCUAAAAAUGGGAAAUUGCCGUAAUUAGAGAAUGAGUAGACAUUAAUUACAGCACAGUUUGAUUGUUAAGAGCAGGUUACAGACGUUCAGUACAAUUAAGACCAACAAAGGGACAGGAGUAUUUUCCAGACAGUGACCAUGAUAACCAUUAACUGAGGACAUUAGAGAAAUAUGAUUUAUUUCCCCAUCUUAUUUCAUUAACAAUUUUGAAUAGAAUGUCUUCAGAUUAUGCACCAAGAUGAGAUAAUUCCCUUUCUGCACCUGUAAUUUCUUAAAAUGUCGCUUCAUUGAGACUGAUUUUAUCAACAACGGAGGAAACUCGGCUCAUCUCACUGUACAUACUGUAUGUUCUGUAUAUGCACAAUCCCCUGAGAUAAGAAAAAUGAAACAAUUUUUGCAACAACAAAGACUUGAUGGAGUGGAAAAUCAAAGCAGUUAAUUGAAAUGUGUGGCUGAUGCAGGAAGAAAUGGAGUUGUGUUAACCCCAUGGCCUUGUUGUUAGUGCUGUACAUUUUGGAGAAUUUUUAUUUUUUUAUGGUUGUGUAAUUUAGCUCCUUGAGGACAGGACUUAUAUGUGGUUCUGUAACUGCAUCUUACACUGUGACCUUAAUAAAUUCAGUCUGGGUAUUUUCA